AUGUCCACCUCCCACCGCAACCGCCGCAUUAUCAAGGAACUCAAGGAUAUCAGCGAAGACGCCCCUGCAGACAGACACUCGAAAAUCUUUGCUCAGCCGGUUGGGGACGGAGAUGAUUUGACACACCUGAGGGGCCAAUUUCAAGGCCCCCCCGGUACCCCUUAUGAGGACGGGACGUUCUACGUAGAUAUCAAGAUCCCUGACGAGUACCCUUUCCGCCCUCCGGUAAUGAAGUUCGAUACCAAGGUCUGGCAUCCGAAUGUCAGCAGUCAAACUGGAGCUAUCUGUCUCGACACCCUCUCAACCGCCUGGUCCCCGGUUCUCACCAUCAAAUCCGCUCUUCUCUCCCUCCAGUCCCUCCUCAGCACACCCGAACCCAAGGACCCACAAGACGCAGAGGUGGCUAAUAUGCUCAUGCGGAACCCCAAGGAGUUCGAGCGGCAUGCGCGUAGGUGGGCCAUUAAAUAUGCCGGUGCCCCCGAGCGAGAGCUGGGCGAGAGUAGCGGUGGGGCCACGGAUGAAUCCAUCAGAAAUCAGAAGCAGAAGUCGAGGGAAGAGGAGGAGCGGGAACAGCUAGCGGCAUACGAGGGGUACAACAAGGAUCUCGUCGAUCGCUUCUGCAAUAUGGGAUUCGAUGUUCCACGUGUGGUAUCUGCUUUCAAGUAUGUUGGCAUUGACCGGAUGGAUGGGGAGGACUACGAGCUGGAAGAGGCAUAUAUGGGUGACGUUACAGCCCGCCUUCUGGGCGAGCCAUGA